AUGGGGUUGAGGAGCUGGAGCACCAUGAAGUUGAGCAAGCCCGUGGAGUUCACGUCCAACACUAGGGUCGGGGUUUCCUUGACCUCGCUAGAUUCGGGGGCACAGAGCAUAUUAGAACAGGAAGAACAGCAGCACAACCACAGCCACUGCGGCAGCGGCCGCCAUGGAGACCAUCUCGCACGGGCACAACAAUGGGGGCCGGGAGUGCUCGAGUGUGCGCCGCUUGAUCUCUUCGCCCUAGAUCUCCCGAUGGGGGGCCGGUGGAUAGGGCUCCAGAACCCAUCGGAGCCUCGUAGUAGCCGCUCGGAGGAGAGAACGUCGAGGAGGGGGAGCCAUGGGGAGGCGAAUCGGGAGUUCGGGAUCUGA